AUGCGGCGGCCGCUGUUGGCUGCGGCCGCGAACUACGUGGGCAUUGCCCGACCGACUGGUACGGGAGUGUCUGCUUUGGGGGGCGCUCCGUUGGCGAACGUGCUGGCUUGGGGGAGACGGCAUGCUUCGGUCAAGGCGCAGGGCGCGUAUAAGAAGAAGAGCAAGAGGGGCAUCCCGAAGAAGCUUGGAGCCAAGAGGACAGGAGAUCAGUACGUUAUUCCCGGAAACAUCAUUUACAAACAGCGCGGCACGCAGUGGUGGCCGGGGGAGAACUGCAUCAUGGGCCGCGACCACACCAUCCACUCCAUGGCCACGGGCUACGUCAAGUACUACCGUGAUCCGUCGCUGCACCCAGACCGCAAAUACAUCGGCGUCGUCUUCGACAAGGCCGACACGCUUCCCUAUCCGAAGCACGCCGAGCGCAAGCGCCGCCUCGGAAUGACUGCCUUUCCUAUCCGUGCUGCGGCCGAGAAGCCCGCCCUGUCGCCGUCUGGGAUCCCCUUUGAGGUGACCCGCGUCGAGGCCGGGGAGCCGGACAGGAUACUGAAGUUGCGGUCCGACUACAGCUACCGCGAGGAUAAUUGGCGCAUCGGCCGGCUGGCCCAGACGACGGGGCUGCGGACGAAGCGGUUCAGAACGCGGAAACAGUGGUUUAGGCACAGGCGGUGGAGGAGAGAGAGGGAGCUCGAGGGCCAGAGGAAGGCGGAGAGGAAGAGGGUCGAGAGCGGGGAGGCAAAGGGCGUCAAGGCUGUCAGCAAGAAGGCGGCCAAGAAAGCUGCGAAGAAGGCUGCCAAGAUGAGUAAACAAGGCUAG